CCCUCCCCUCCCCAGCAGUGGCUGCUAUGUAAAGGAGCUGGGAUUGCACAGGAGGCACAGAGAGCAGCCAGCACUAGCGUUCCGUCUUCAAACGCAUUGAUCUGUUUCCCGGAGUCACAGAGCCAACAUGUCCCAAGCGAAAGGCACGGUAAUCCUGGCCUACAGCGGGGGCCUCGACACCUCCUGCAUUCUGCUGUGGCUGAAAGAACAGGGAUACGAUGUCAUCGCCUAUCUGGCAAACAUCGGCCAGAAUGAGGACUUCGAGGAGGCGCGCAAGAAAGCCUUAAAACUUGGGGCCAAAAAGGUGUUCAUAGAAGACAUGCGGCAGGAGUUUGUGGAACAGUUCAUCUGGCCGGCGGUCCAAGCCAACGCCAUCUACGAGGACCGGUAUCUUCUGGGUACAUCGCUGGCGCGUCCCUGCAUUGCCAAGAGGCAAGUGGAGAUCGCCAAGCGCGAGGGGGCAAAGUACGUGUCCCAUGGAGCCACCGGCAAGGGAAAUGACCAGAUUCGAUUUGAGCUGACCUGUUACGCCUUUUACCCCGAGGUCCAGAUUAUUGCCCCGUGGAGAAUGCCCGAGUUUUACAAUCGCUUCCGGGGCCGCACUGACCUGAUGGAUUAUGCAAAGAAACAUGGAAUCCCAGUGCCCGUGACACCCAAGAGCCCAUGGAGCAUGGAUGAAAACCUCAUGCACAUCAGCUACGAAGGUGGAAUUCUUGAGAACCCAAAGAACCACGCUCCGGCCGGACUGUUUGUGAAAACUAAAGACCCGGCCACAUCUCCCGCCGUUCCAGAUGUCUUGGAGAUUGAGUUCAAGAAAGGUGUUCCUGUGCAAGUCACUAAUAUUAAGGACGGAACACGACACAAGUCUGCGUUGGAACUGUUUUCCUAUCUCAAUGAGAUUGCUGGGAAACAUGGCGUCGGUCGGAUUGAUAUCGUGGAGAACAGAUACAUUGGAAUGAAAUCACGCGGUAUCUACGAGACGCCGGCUGGAACCAUACUGUAUCAAGCUCACUUAGACAUCGAGACGUUCACCAUGGACCGAGAGGUGCGGAAAAUAAAGCAGCAGCUUUCGCAGAGGUUUUCAGAACAGGUGUAUAACGGUUUCUGGUUCAGCCCCGAAUGUGACUUUGUGCGCGACUGUAUCUCAAAGUCCCAGGAGCUGGUAGAAGGCAAGGUGCAGGUAUCCGUGCUAAAGGGACAGGUCUAUGUUCUGGGCAGAGAGUCUCCACAGUCCCUCUACAACCAAGAACUUGUUAGUAUGGAUGUGCAGGGAGAUUACGAGCCCUCCGAUGCUUCUGGAUUCAUCAAGAUUAAUGCUGUCAGGUUAAAAGAAUAUCACCGCUUACAGAAGAAGGUCACGUCUCCGACACAAUGAAAGCGUUUAGAAAACAAAGCAGCCAGGCGAUAAGAAGACACAUUCUGUUAUAUUUCAAUUUAAUUUUUUUUUUUCUCCUCCUAGUCUCACCCGAUUGCUUUGAUUGAAGUUGCGUGAUUGUUAGAGAUCUUUUUGUUGCGGCAAAUCGCAGGUUAGCAACGUGUUUUCACAGAAAUUCUGACCCCCCGGCCGCCUCUCCUUUUCA